AUGGCGUCAGAUCGACCAACUUCCUCACUGCGGUCCAGUCGGGCGAAACUAGUGUGCGACCUCUGUCACUCUCGCAAGGUCAAAUGCGAUCUCGAAAGUCGAGGCGGUGGAUCGUGCACCAGUUGCAGGGAGCAUGAUCUCGUGUGCACGCGACGCCGUUCCAAGAGAGCCACUGUUCGUCAGAUUUACUCUUCCCCCGUAUCAGCUCAGUCGUCAUCACGUCUGGGGCCCGAUCCGCUCGGCCUGACCGCGCGACAUGCUGUCGAGGCCCCGACUGCCAUUGAGCAUCCGAGCUUCGACCAAACGCAUGAGAGGAGCCUCGCCGCCAUCCCCGUUCAAUCUCCAUACCUGGGAGACACCUCGUAUCUUCUGCCUGAGAUGCCGUCACUGAGACCUGAUCAUGAAAACACCACUGUCUUCUCGACACGAUUAAGGGAACAAAUCCUUCAUCUUCCUGGGCUGGUCUCCUUACCUUCGGACCUGGUGUUUGGUGCUUAUGCUGACAUGUAUUUUGAGCAUCUCUAUCACCGUUUCCCCAUUGUUCAGCGGGAAGAUCUUCUGGACGACAAACGAUCAUUACCCCUCUGUCAAGCCAUUUGCAUGGUCGGAUCCAUGCUUCGAGUACCCAGAGGUCCGGCUCCUCUGGCCGAGAGCGAGCAGUACUAUACAAGGGCCAAAAUGAUGACCCAUUUGGACGUCGAGAGCGAUUAUAUCGCAAUUAUGAAGACGAUGUGCCUGUUGAUGACGUGGAACAUCAAAGGACAUCUUAUUCUCACCUUCGAUUGCGCCUGGCAGUGGCAAGGCAUGGCUUGUAGGCUCCUGCAUCAGAUGGGACUUCAUCGCAAUCGUACCUAUGCUCGAAUCGCCAAGCCCAAAAUCGCCCGCAGACUCGCGUGGUGUAUCUUUACGCAAGAUCAACUCAUGUCAGCCGCCAUGGGUCGUCCUGCAGCGAUUAGGUUGCACGAAUUCGAUGUCACACCACCUACAGCAGAAGACUUUGACAUCCUCACACGCCCAACCCUGUUGUUUAUCGAGAUUACAAAAUUGGCAACAAUAUUAGCCCAAAUCCACGACCUGCACGCUCAGCGAGAAUCAAAUAUCCCAAAAAAACUGCAAAUCUUGGAAUCUCUCAAAAAAUGGUUAGAGGAGCUUCCAGAAGAUGUUCGGCUAUAUGACAGAUUCAACACCAGAGUGUACCAUCGUGACGUGUCAGAAGCCCACGUCAUGUAUUUUGUUAUCGUCAUGACCUACUUUAACCUCUUUGGCGACCAAAGGCUCUCUUCUGCCAGCAGCCUUGCGACCUUGGUGGCCUCGUCUUGUGUCACACGCCUAUACCAUGAGAUGUACAUAAGGGACGACAUCAACUAUCUGCUUGGCAUGAACACCUGGUACAUGAUGGUGGCAGCGGUUCCUCAAUUACAGUACAGCGCGACGCCUAAUCAAAGCGAACUCUGUGCUCAGGAGCUCGACAACAUUGUCCAAGCACUUCAACACAUGCAGAUCAAGUUUGCAGGAGCGAUUCCCGUUCUCAAGACCAUUGAGCGUCUGCGCGCGUCGCGUAGCCAGGUCAGAAUUCGAUCCGGUUCACCCAACCCAUGGGACGAGAAUCCUGUCGAACGUAUUUCACCCCAAAUGGCAGAUUUGCAGGGUCUAUUCGCCUUUCCGGCAGCUUUCAGCCCAAGACUCGAAGUCACCAUGGUAAACGGAGCACGAGAAAGAAACCCGGACCUAGGUGAUGCGCUGUGGCCCCAGGAAGAUUUCGGCAGCAUUUUCGACGAACUCUGGGAUACAUCAAUGUUUUCUUUUGAGGCCGAGUUGAGUUCCCAGGGCUGA